UGCUCUUCGGAAUUAGGUAGGCUAAAAUAACCGCGGUCGUAAUCCUUGUGAAAUGCUAAAUGUUGACCACGAAAAACGCAUUGUUUUUAGGCUAUUUAUUUGUGUGGUUUCAUCUGCGCUGUUCUAUGGCGUAUGAAAGUUUUCGAUAACCGUACCAACUGAAACCUGAUUAUUAUAAAUGAUUAACCCAGUAAUUCUAAAGUUCACCGUUUUACAUCCGUCCGCAUAUGCUCACAACUAUUUGUGUUGCCCGUGAGGUGUGUUAUGAAAGGCGCAAGGAAGGCAUGUUGUGGAGAUCCGUCUCUACAUUCAUUGUAAGCUAUCAUACCAGGGCGGGAUCAACCGCGGCGGCUUCCCGCAUGCGCGAUUCAUUUGCAUUCUGGGCGUGGAGGGGUGAACAUCUCCUGCUCUGACUGCAGCUGGGAGGGACUGGUGCGAGAGGACUGGGCCGCUUGUGAGUGCUUUGGGACCCCCGGUAGAACCCGCUGCUCAUUGAGAAGAGAGUGUGUGUGUAUCUCUACUGGAUCCCGUCAUGUCGACCCAGCCUGCUCCGGAGCAGGGAGGUGUGUUGCUGAACAGUGGCCUGCACAUGAAGAGCAAGAAGGGUCUGGAGGCCGGGAAAGUGGAAGGCCUGCAGGCCCGGGGCCAGUGGGCCAGCAAGGCAGAGUUCCUGCUGGCUGUGGCGGGACAGAUCAUAGGCCUGGGCAACGUGUGGAGAUUCCCCUACCUGUGCUACAAGAACGGAGGAGGUGUGUUCUUUGUGCCCUACCUGUUGUUUCUGGUUCUGUGUGGUGUUCCUCUCUUCCUGUUGGAGACCUCUCUGGGUCAGUAUACCAGCCUGGGAGGGGUCAGUGCCUGGAGGAGCAUCUGCCCACUCUUCGGAGGUCUGGGCUUUGCCAGUCAGGUGAUGAUCCUCCACGGGUGUGUGUAUUACAUUGUGGUCCUGGCCUGGGCUCUCUUCUACCUGGUGCACAGCUUCCAGUCAGAGCUGCCCUGGGCCCACUGCAACAACACCUGGAACACAGAUACCUGUGUGUUGUUUGACUGUCAGAACCUAACCUCUGGGACCGGCCUACCAGAGAACGCUACCUCGCCUGUCAUCGAGUUCUGGGAGCGGGAGGUCCUGCAGCUGUCCAGUGGACCAGAUGAGCUGGGGCCAGUCAGCUGGAGGCUGGCUCUGUGUCUACUGCUAGUCUGGGUCGUCUGCUACUUCUGUGUGUGGAAGGGGGUCAAAUCCACUGGCAAGGUGGUCUACCUUACCACCACGUUCCCCUACUUGAUGCUGGCCAUCCUGCUGGUACGUGGCAUCACCCUGCCUGGAGCUGCCCAGGGCAUCGUCUACUAUCUCAAUCCCAACAUCACCCGCCUGGCAGACCCACAGGUAUGGAUGGAUGCGGGGACUCAGAUCUUCUUCUCUUAUGGCAUCUGUCUGGGGAGCCUUACCGCCCUGGGCAGCUACAACAAAUACAACAACGACUGCUAUAAGGACUGUUUAUCCCUGUGCCUGCUGAACAGUGGCACCAGCUUCCUGGCAGGCUUUGCCAUCUUCUCUGUGCUAGGCUUCAUGGCUCAGGAGCAGGGCGUGGACAUUGCAGAUGUGGCCCAGUCAGGCCCUGGGCUGGCCUUUAUAGCUUACCCUCGGGCUGUAGCCAUGAUGCCUCUCCCUCAGCUCUGGGCUGUGUGCUUCUUCCUCAUGAUCAUCAUGCUGGGGCUGGACACACAGUUUGUGAGCCUGGAGGCCCUGAUGACCUCUGUGACUGACCUCUACCCUACGGUGAUCCGGCGGGGUUAUCGACGAGAGCUGCUGCUGCUGAUGGUGUGUGUCGUCUGCUUCCUGGUUGGCCUGGUCAUGGUCACCCCGGGUGGUCUCUAUGUGUUCCAGAUCUAUGACCACUACUCCUGUAGUGGGGCCAGUCUGCUGCUCCUGUCCAUCUUCCAGUCGGUGGCCGUGGGCUGGGUUUAUGGGCCUGACAGGUUCAAUGACAACAUUAAGCACAUGAUUGGCUACAGCCCGCUGCCCUUCUUCAAGCUGUGCUGGCGCUAUCUGACGCCAGCCAUGUGCACGGCGACGUUUGUGUUCUCCUUGGUGUGCUGGUCCCCUCUGUCCCUGGGCAAGGGCAUAGUAGCCCCGGGGUGGGCCACAGCUCUGGGAUGGCUCCUCACCCUCUCCUCUGUCUCCCUGCUGCCCCUCUGUGCACUUUACGCCCUUGCCACCACCCCCGGCAGCCUAACACAGCGUUUCCGUCGGCUGUGUCGUCCUGCCCCCGACUCCAAUUUGGCCAUGGACCACCGGACCACCUCUCUCACCUUUGAACCCUGUCUGGCUCUCACCGCCGGAAAUCCAAUGAGCCAAUCGCAGACGUGAUCUAGGGACGUCCACCCUGGGUUUAGCCAAUGAUACGGUUUCUGCGCACCAAUGGGACAGAUCAGAAUCGGGGGUCAUGGGAUGUUUCUAUGGAGAUGGGAAGGCCUCUGCCCCUCUGUUGUGUUCUCACUGGUAAAUGGAGACAGGAUGGUGGUUGAAACUGUGAUGGGCCUGGGAUAUGUGGACCGGACUUAGUGACCUCAUCAUAAUUUCAGUCAGACUAGUCAAUGGUUUCUGACUGGACUAUUUUGAUCAGACUGAUUGGGUCUGAAAUGGUACCCUAUUCCCUCCCUAUAUAGUACACUAUUACCUUUAACCAGGGCCGCUAGGGCUCUGGUCAAAAGUAGUGCACUAUGUAGGAAAUAUGGUGCCAUUUCAGUCUGUAAUUGGCUGAAACUGUUUACAGAAAAUGAGAAAUCUCAUCUGGGAUUGGAAGUAGUGAAGAAAAUCAUACCGUAAAAUAUAUUUUUCUCCUUUUUGCUAUUUAUUGUGUUGAAUCAUGAAUCGAGUAAAGUGAAUGCAGUACCAUGUUGAAAACAUAAGUAAUAAUCAGAGAGACACUAUACACUGAGUGUACGAAACGUUAGGAACACCUGCUCUUUCCAUGACACAGACUGACCAGGUGAAUCCAGGUGAAAGCUCCCUUAUUGAUGUCACUUGUUAAGUCAUUGUACCUAAACUGUAUGUGUAAACAUGUAUACGCAGGGCCCAGCUGUAAAAAAGACCUUGGUCUCAGUCUGUGUUCCUUGUUGAAAUAAAGGUAUAAUAAUGAUAACAGUAAGUUCACGUCAAUCAGUGUUGAUGAAGGGGAGGAGACAGGUUAAAGAAGGAUUUUUAAGCCUUGAGACAAUUGAGACAUGGAUUGUGUAUUUGUGCCAUUCAGAAGGUGAGUGGGCAAGACAAAAUAUUUAAGUGCCUAUGUACUGGGUAGGGUAGUAGUUGGUGCCAGGCGUACCGGUUUGAGUCUGUCAAGAACUGCAACGCUGCUGGGUUUUUCACGCUCAAUAGUUUCUUGUGUGUAUCAAGAAUGGUCCACCACCCAAAGGACAUCCAGCCAACUUGACUCAACUAUGGGAAGCAUUUGAGUCAACAUAGGCCAGCAACCAUGUGCAAUGCUUUUGACACCUUGUAGAGUUCAUGCCCUGGUGAUUUUGACUGUUCUGAAGGCAAAAGGGGGUGCAACUCAAUAUUAGGAAGGUGUUUUGUACUCUCAGUGUAUAGUAGGAACUCCGACAUACGAACAUGUCUGGACUGGAGGUCCUUCAGAACACUGAAAUGUCCGUAACUUUGAAAUUCACUUUAAAAACUCAUCAAACCUUUAUCGAAUAUAUUGAUUAAAUAUAUUUUUAUAUAAAUGAUUUGUUAUAGAAAUUAUAUACAUAUAUAUAUUUAUUGUUUUACAUGUGUUUUCUAAUCAUUUAUCUAGAUACUGUAAUAAUAUCUGAUUUUGUUUUUAAGACCAUGUAAACAACAUUUACAUUUGACAGAAGUUCCGUUUCAUAUUGCCCGUUCGGUUGACUGGUCAAUCUGUAACUCUUGAGGCUCGUAUCUUUGAGGUUCUACUUUAUACAAUCUAAUGGCAUGUUGUAAGGUUUUCAGUCAUGUGAAAAUCCCUGUAACUAUUUUCUUGUUCUACAGUAUGUGAAAACUGUGGCUAAUCAUGAUCCAAUGUGUUAAAUUUUACUUCUCAAAGCUGCUGGAAAUGUACACUGUCAUCUCGGUUUACAAAUUGCGAGCCAUGGAUAUGACUCUUUAUAUUCUUUGAUUACUUUCUCAUUGAACUCAUGAUAAAAAACAUGAUAAAAAACAAA